CAGAAUCUGUCGUGGUUCACGGUGCAAUGCAUGUGCGUUGAAGGAAAUGUCGAAGGCUGAUGGCGUGCAGCGCUUUGAGCAGUUGCCUUUGCCGCUUGGUGCUGCAGUAAGGCAUUUGAGCCGCUGUCUGAGAGAUGGUGGACAUCAUCGCAAAGCCGCUUGUAUGCCAGACGGCUGGCGGAUCUUGCGUUUGGAAGUUCCUCUGGCAAUUGCAGGUCCACAGGUGAAAGCACUGCUCGACUGGCUCACGCAUCAGCGGCUCUUCCCACGGGCUCUUUUUGCAGCUCGGGAUGGAUCACUUCUAGUGGCAGGGGCGGGCGCUGCUCACGUCCACCGCACAGGUGCCGACGGCGAGAACCUUUUGCCCCAGCUGGGCGACGCGCACGAGAGCAUCCGCUACAUGGGUGGCGCGCGCUUUCAUGGGGACGCCGGCGGCGCUGAAUGGGGGCCCUUUGGGCGAAGCUAUUGGAUGCUGCCACGUGCCGAAAUUGCGGUGCAGCCGCUGGUGAGUGCUCCCAGUGGAGGUUCGACGGAGGGAAGUGAGGCCUCGAGCACUCCUGGCACACCUGCAGCUGGGAUGCAGCAGGCGGAAGGCCGCCUGCUUCAGCGUGCCGUACUCGCUCUGCAGUUGCGCUGGCGCGAGGACGAGGAGGAGCAUAGCUACGAGGCUGAGCGAGAACGGGCCACAGAGGCCCUACGUUUACUCCGUGUGCCGCCAGCCAGUGUCCGCCAACGACGCGCUGUCGUGGCGGCCAGAAGAGACACGGUGCCGCGGGAGGAGUUCGAGGCGCGUGUGCGAGAGGCACUCGACGCCUUUGCACAGAAGUCUUUGAGCAAGGUGGUCCUCGCACGUCGGAUGCUCUUGGAGCUUCUAUGGCGUGAGGACGCGCCGGAGCUCAUGCGACAGGUGGUUGGUGCCUCCUACAAGCGGCACUACCUUUUCCUUUUAGAACCCCACGAGGGUACAGCUUUUCUUUCGCUUUCUCCAGAACGUCUAUGCAAGAUCCGUGGGCGCGAUCUUUGGACGGAGGCGGUGGCAGGCACUUGGCCCAUCACUGAGUUCGAGAAGAUUGGAGAGGCAGCUCUCUUAGCGAGUUCUGCGAAGCAUAGCAGUGAGCACCAAAUGGUUGUGGACUAUAUUUGCAGGCUCCUCUAUGAUAUCGCUAGCCAUGUGAAGGUGUGUGACACGCACAUCCUCAAGCUGAAGCACUUGGUUCACAUCAAGCAGUCGUACCAUGCCAUUGCAAAAGAGGGCACCGGCGCGGAUCCUUGGAACCUGGCGACCUUCUUCUGCGAGCACAUGUCGCCCACGCCGGCCGUGUGUGGCUUGCCGCCCCACGCCGCGCAGAAGUUCAUCGACGCGGCCGAGCCUUGGGACCGCGGCUUCUAUGCAGCUCCCUGCGGAGUGCUCUCCGCUCAGAGCUGUGAGCUCAUCGUGGCGCUCCGCUCGGCUCUGCUGACAGAGGGGCGAAGACUACAUGUCUAUGCUGGCGCAGGGGUGGUGGAAGGCUCUGAUCCCUCGGAGGAGUUUGAAGAGAUUAGUCUGAAGAUGAGACAAUUCACCGAGGCCUUCGCAGAUGCCACCCCCCGCAGCGUGCCGGAGCUCGCGCAGCUGCCGAACCUCAACACGCUUUGGGCCACGGUGAUCGUGGAGGAGUUGGUCCGGUGCAACGUGUGCAACUUCGUGAUUUGUCCUGGCUCUCGCUCCACUCCGCUGGUGGUCGCCAUGGCGCGACACGGACAGACCAGGCAUGUGGUGAACCACGACGAGCGUUCGGGUGGCUUCUAUGCCCUUGGAUGGGCGAAGGCCAUUGGUCAACCCGUGGCAGUGAUCGUCACGUCUGGUACAGCCGUUGCAAACCUGCUGCCUGCGGCAGUCGAAGCAGCUCAGGCUCAGAUCCCCUUGCUGCUGCUGACCGCCGACCGCCCUGCAGAGCUGCGAGACACGGGAGCCAACCAGACCAUCACGCAGCCGGGGAUCUUUGGGUCUUCUGCGCGUUGGGCCAAGGACUUUCCAGCACCCUCCGUGGACUUCUCCUUGAUGGCGCUUUUGGGCGACGUGGAUCUGGCCGUUGCACACUGCAGAGGACACUUGAACUUCCAUCCUGGCCCAGUCCACCUGAACUUUUGCUUCAGGGAGAACUUGGCUCCUGAUGCUGGACCCGUGCGAGGCGUUCCUGGUCGGACUUCCGAGUGGGACAAGGCCUACGUGGACUGCCCGGCCAUGCAGCGCUGGGUGGUCUCAUCGGAGCCCCGGAGUCAAUACCUAAGCCCUGAAGCACGCUUGCCACCUGGAUCGAUGAUCGAGGAGUUGGUGGCACUGGCCAAUCGCCAAGCUCGCAUCCUCGUUCUAGUUGGCACCUUGAAAACGUCGGACGAGGUCUUGUUAGCAGAGGAUAUUGCUGCCAGACUUGGUGGAGCAGUCUUUGCAGAUAUCACCUCUGGUUUGCGCCAGCGGCCACGAACCGUGCACUUCUCGGAUCAGCUCAUGAACUCUGAGCUGCUAUCUGGAGAGCUACUUCAACUUGAUGCGAUCGUCCACCUGGGUGGGCCCUUGACCUCUGCGCGGCACAACUCCGUGGCCAAGGCGGGCGCUCCGCUCUACGUGCGCGUGGCGACGGCUCCAGUGCGCAUGGACCAGGAUCAUGUGGUGACUCAUCAUUUGCCAUGCUGCUUAGCAGCUCUUUCAGAAGCUCUGGCGGAAGCUUCCUUAGAACCCAAAUCUCCCAGUUCCUUCUGGAAGAGGCUUUCAGUUGCUGCAUCUGGUAGCAUCGAUAGGUGCUUGAGUGGCAGUUUUAGCGAGCCUGUGGUGGCGCAAACGGUGUCCCGGCUACUGACGCCUAGUGGCCGACUGCUGAUCUCAAGUUCGAUGCCAAUCCGUGACCUGGACUUCUUCUCGAAGCCCUACACCGAUUUUUGGCAAGCACCAGUACAGCCGCCCAUGGCCAAUCGAGGAGCUUCAGGCAUCGAUGGAGUGAUCAGCACCGCAGCGGGCAUUUGCGCAGCGAGCAAGGUGCCCUGCACCCUGGUCAUUGGAGAUGUGGCCACGCUACAAGAUCUGAAUGCCUUUCAGCUUUUGGGGACUGAGGCUCCUGCCCUGACCGUGGUCCUCAUCAACAAUGGUGGAGGUGGCAUUUUCUCCUUCCUGCCCAUCAGCAAGCACAAGGACGUGAUGUCGCCCUUCUUCAAUGAGCCACAUGAAGUGGACUUUCAGUCCGUGUGCAAUGCCUUCAAUGUACCUCACGUGCUGUGUACGAGUCUCCAGGACUUCGAGGCGGCCUACGUCACCUCCCAGAGCCAGGGUGGAGGCAGUGUCAUCGAGGUACAACCAGCACUGGACUUUGAGGAGAAUGUUGCCCUGCACAAGUUGAUCGGAAAGGAGGUGGCCCUCACCGUGCGCAAGGAGCUGGUCUCGCAGGUGAGGCUUUCCUGGCGCUUCAGCGCUGGUGAGGAUCCGGCGCGUCCGGUGCUGGUUCUGCUGCACGGCUGGAUGGGAGAGAAGGCCGAUUGGUGGCCCGUGAGCCACAUCCUGGAGGAGCAACAUCUGGGCUUCUUGGCCAUCGACUUACCUGGUCAUGGGGAAACCCAGGUUCCUGAUGGAUCCUGGGAGGAAGCAGCCUUCUACAACAUGCCAAUGAUCGUUGAGGCCAUCAAAGAAGUCUUGGAUCACCUGCAAUUGCAGAAGGUCGUCAUGGUAGGCUAUUCGUUGGGUGGUCGUGUGGCCAUGGGUUUCGCUGACAGCCUUCCGGAGCGCUGUGCGGCCUUGGUGGUCUUGUCGGCGAACCCCGGAGUGACCACGGCCGCGGAACGGCAUCAGCGCUGGCAGCAGGAUCAGCGACAAGCCAAACAGCUCGUCGAGAAUGGCUUGGAGGCAUUUCUGGAGACUUGGUAUUCUGCUCCACUUUGGGCAGGCCUCAGGGAGCGUCGACCUGAUGUCUAUUCCCGCAUGAUUGCGAAGCGCCAGAGAAGCCAAAGGCAUUUGGCAGCGCGGGCAUUGCUGGGGCUUAGCCUGGCGCGGCAGCCCAACUUCCGCCCACGCUUGGGUCAGCGGCUUCCGUUUUGGUACGUCUACGGAGAGAUGGACACCAAAUUUGCGGAAAUUGGAAAAGACUUGGCUGCUUGCUCCUCACAGGUGAGUGCACUGCCCUGUGGCCAUGCGGUCGUUGAGGAAUGCCCCACGGAGGUGGCUUCGCUGCUGUCCAGCGUGCUGAAGCAGCUGCCAAGAGCUGCUCCAGAGGCUUUGGAGCUUGAAAUCACCGCCUCUUGGACCGAGCCGGUGCAAUUGUUGCUCAAGGCGCCCCUGCUGCUGUCUAGAGGUGACUUCAUGCCUCAUCGAUUAGGUUGCUUGCUCGUCUUGGAGGCAAAGAAUGGCGACGGCGAAAUUGCAGGCUUGGGUGAGGUGACGCCCUUGCCGCUCUUCCACAAGGAAACCUUGGAGGAGGCUGAAACUCAGCUGAAAUCCAUCUUGCAGCGCUGGGCUUCGACACACCCCAAGGUGCCCUUUGCUUUGAGCCGUUUGGACGGCCACUUGACCAGCUGGCUGAAUGACCACUGCGGAGGGAAAGCUCUUUUGCCUUCGGUCAGAGCUGGCCUUGAAAUGGCUCUCCUCCACUUGCUGCGCCGCUGUCCCGAGCGGAAGAGGCCGCGGAGAUCCGAAGUCAGCAUCAACAGCCUCGUCGCUAGAGACGAGGAUUUGGCUGCGGAAAGUGCUUUGGUCGCGAAGUUGAAAGUGGGCAAAGAUCCACAAGAGGAUGCCGAGCGCACCAAUCAGCUCGCACGGCUGUUGCAAAAGCGCCCACGAGCGAGAUUACGUUUGGAUGCCAACCGUUCAUGGACGCUGGCACAGGCCGCAACGUUCAUCAACGGCUUGGACGAAUCAGCCGUGAAGAUUACAGAAUACUUGGAGGAGCCCAUAGAGCAAAGUCCUCAAUUGCUCCAGCAGUGGGAGGAGCUUUCCACGUUGACGGAACGACGGGUGGCCUUCGCAGUGGACGAGAGCCUCACGGAGGGCCUUGUGUCCACCAAAGACAUGGAGAGCUGCAAGGCUCCUAUCAAAGCGCUGGUGCUUAAGCCAUCUCUACAAGGACUGGAGCAAGCGGCGUCGAUGGCGGCGUGGGCCGAGGAACAUGGUGCCGUGGCCGUCCUCAGUUCGGCCUUCGAGAGUGGCGUGGCGCUCUGCCACUUUGCCCUGCUGUCCGCGAUGCUGGUGCCGGCGGGGACGGAGGAGGACGUGGCUCAAGGUUUGGGCACCUUCACCCGGCUCUCCGAGGAUGUGCUGCAGCCGCCCUUUGCGGACCUCAUCAAUUCCAGCUCUGAAGGAUGGCAGGUGAGUACGUUGAGCUGCCAAGAGGCAUUGGAUCGAAGCGUCGAGGCUUUAGUGGCUGCACAAGGAUGCCGCAGCAAUGGAUGGUGCUAAGAGAGGAUGCUGAGAGUACAAGCGGAGAAAGCUUGCAGAAAUCUUUAGGCAGAGAGACACUAACUUGUGCAUAUGUGGUCUUCUUCC